AUGGGCGUCAAUGUAAGUAAACGACAAUUCAGCACAAUGCUUGAUUUUUCGAGCCUUGAUAUUCCGAUGACAAUCAAAAAUAUCCCAAUAAGAUCUGUAUAUAAUUUCGGUAAAGUUAUAGGGACUGGGAGAUUUGGAAUCGUUAGAGAGGCUCAAGCUAAAGGAAGUAAAAUAAAGGUCGCAAUAAAAUCAAUAUCGAAAAGUCUUCUCCACGGAAUGGACAAUGCACUUAAAAGAGAGAUUGAGAUAUUGGCAAAACUCGAUCACCCAAAUAUAAUAAGGUUUUAUGAAGCCUACGAAGAUGACCAAUACAUUAAUAUCGUCAUGGAAAAUUGUUGUGGUGGCGACCUUUUCAAAAAAAUAAUUAAUGCAGGGAAUUUUGAUGAAGAUCAAACGAGAAUUAUUUUGAAGCAAAUUUUAUUAGCAGUAAAUUACCUGCAUGAUAACAAAAUUGUACAUAGAGAUUUAAAGCCUGCUAAUUUCCUUUUUUGCAAAAGUGAAGAAGGAGCGAUGCUAAAGCUUGCAGAUUUUGGACUGUCAAGUCGCUUUACUAGGCGGUCAGAUACUUUCAGAAUAGCAGUUGGAACUACCCAUUAUAUGGCACCUGAGGUUAUUAAUGGGUGCUAUACCUUUAAAUGUGACAUAUGGAGCAUCGGGGUAAUUAUGUAUGCAAUGCUUAGCGGCAAUUUUCCUUUCCAUUCAAAAUUUGAAUGCGAAAUUUACAAACAAAUAGAAAAAGGAGAUAUAAAUAUCGAAGAUAAAAUAUGGGAGAGCAUUUCGGCUGAAGCUAAAGACCUAUUAAAAAAGCUUCUUUGUGUUAAUCAUUUCCAAAGACUUUCAGCUAGUGAAGCAUUAGCUCAUCCUUGGUUUUCUCCCCUAAAUAAACAGCCAGUUCAUAUGGAUCAAUCGACCUUAAAGGCCUUUCAAGAGUACAGUAAAAUUUCGAAUUUUCAAAAAGAAGCGUUGAGCAUACUAGUGAAAUUAUUAAGCGUCAACGAAUAAUAAAAAAAUAGGGAGAUCUGGUAAGGAUUAGCUCCCUUACUAGAAUCAGUGAAGGGAAUGUUUGACUCUCUGAGAGUCUAAAUCAACAGAGACACAUAUCAAGUGGUGCGGGAAAGUGGAAAAGAGUGUUCUUUAAAGCUGAAGGUAAAUGAAAUUCUAACAGUCGGACAACUGCCGAUCCGUUGGUUAAGAAGGCGCUCUCACGUGUUUGACUUCAGAAAAGAGAGACAAGAUUAUUUAUUGAGUUAGCUUACGAACUAACUAAGCGUCGACGAAAUUAUGGAGCUUAAUUCAAUGUUUUUAGAUUUAGAAGUUAAUGGAUUCAUUACGAUGAAAACAUUGAAUAAAGCUCUAAAAAAUUCAGGAUAUCAACUAGCAAGAAAAGAAAUUAAAGAAUUAAUGAAAUCAAUCGCUAUUGAUAAGAAUGGAAAAAUUAACCAUUCAGAAUUUUUAGCUGCUGUUGUAGCGUCAAAGCAUCAUCUUCAGCAUGAAGAGAUAUGGCUUACUUUUCAGCAUAUUGAUGCAGAAAAGAAAGGCUAUAUCACAUCAAAUGAUAUUAAAAUUGCUUUUGAAAGGUCAGGACACAAAAUGAACGACAAGCAUCUUCAUAAAAUUAUGAGUGAAAUUGGCAAAAAUAUACAGUCGCAAAUUUCUCUUGGAGAGUUUGUGGAAGUUUUCCAAAAAAUACAUAUAGCAAUAUCCUAUAGAUAGCUCAGUAAGGGAAUGAUAUUGGAAGAAAAUCUCCAGUUGAUUGGAACAACUCUGGUUUACCAGACCAAUUGGAGAGAGGCUUAUUUGUCAACUCUCCAGCCAAUAAUGGAGAGUUUCCCUCUCCAAUCUCCUACCCUUAUUUGACUAUCUCUAGGGAUUUCAUAUAUGUAA